CAUUAUGUAAGGGAAACAUUUUGGGCUACUUCUUACAAUUUCCCAUUUUACAAGCCUACAAAAAUAUCUUUAGAAAUUUGACUCCCUAGCCAUCCGGCGGUGGCGUUCGUCAACGUCGAGUUCUUCCGGUCAUCCAAAUCCACUUUCCAAUUCAUCCUUCACGAGAAACCUCCAUAAACCUCCGACUCCGACGACUAUUGCGUGAGUUUUCAGCCCUAAUCUCCUUCUACUGCAUCUUCACUUAGCCGCUAUCUUGCCCGGAAAUGGUGUUGCUUCAAUCACUCUGUUCGCCUUUAACCAAGAAUCACUGGUAAUAUAUCUUGAUUGACCGCGGAAGGGAAGAGGAGGAGGAUGGGGGAUCUAUAUGUGUGGCUUGUAUCAUUCUUCUUCCUCAUUGCUCUUCUUAUUGUCCUUGUUUAUCAGCUCAUGUGCUUGGCGGAUCUUGAGUUUGAUUAUAUCAACCCUUAUGACUCUGCUUCUAGAAUAAACAAAGUGAUUUUGCCGGAGUUCGUUUCUGUGGGAGUUUUGUGCCUCUUCUAUCUUUUAACGGGGCAUUGGGGUAUGUCAAUGAUAUGUGGGCCCUACAUAUAUUAUAAUGUGAGACUGUACCUACGAAGACAGCACCUGAUAGAUGUUACAGAGAUAUUCAACAUGCUAAACUGGGAAAAGAAGCAACGGCUUUUCAAACUAGCCUAUCUAGUUUUCCUCCUCUUCCUGUCUAUAUUUUGGAUGAUAUAUUCUGCUUUGGAAGAUGAUGAAUGAUUUGAAACAAUGGGUUGCAUGCUGUUGAUUGUAUGUCAAUGGUUGAUGCCAUCGGUUGUGAGUUGAAUUUCUAUCCUUCAGUACCUUUUUUCUCUGAAGCUGCUGCACUUUGCAGAUUGCAGUGACAUUCUUGUUUGGGCUGGGAACUUCAUUUGUAUUUUGGACUUUAGAGAGAGGUUUAGAAAGCAGAUUUCACGUCAAUACUGUUCUGUUUAGGUACUUUUCAUGAUUGAAAUAACUAUUAUGAAUGAUGUCCCUCUCUCUCUCGGACACACCAGCAAUCAAUUUUAGGCAAUGGUGUUUCCCUUUGUGAGUUUGAAGUCGAUAUAAUGAUGCUAUGGAGGAAGGCCAUUGUUUCUUGUAA